CCAUUUCGGACAAAAUUAUGCAGUGUACUUACCGUGUCUGUUGUGGGUCAGUUGGAAUGGUCUAGCAUAUAAAUAUAUGGUUUCUCAAGAAUCAUAUUUCUCAUUCCAUUCAUUUAUCUUCAGAUCAUUGAAACCACCAAAGCUUUAUCGCAUCCACUGAUAUCCAAUCCAUAUUACGACCACACCUAUCAAAAUGAUCACCAAUCACCAAUCACUUCUGUUGGUAUGUUGACUAAACUCCGUCAAUUCAUCUAGAUCUGCUCAAUCUAACGAUUUCCAGGCCCCAGUUGCAUAUCUUAUCCCAUAUGGCGUCCACUAGGAUCAUCAAAUCUAGCUUCGAUACACUCUCUCCGUGUACCUUCGCCCAAGUAAUGGAGAAAGAUCAAACGAUGGAUCAAGCAGUAAGUUAUACCCAACGCGUCCAACCCUUUUGUAGCUCAACAGAUAUCCUAGGCCAAGAAUUAUAUCACCCGCGUCAAUGGUGCAAAACAAAAUGGUUUCGAGGGAAUCGGUUUCUUCGCUGCUGCAGUUGUUGCUGGUAAUCUUGCAGGGCUCCCAGAGAAGCAAUUGUAUGGGUUGGGUGCGGGGUAUCUUGUUAGUCGGGUUCUUUAUACGGCUCACUACAUUGUGAACACGAAUCCAAAGUUGGCAGUUUUGAGGAGUUUGUUGUGGCAGGCUGGUGUUUGGCAGGUUAUUGCUCUUUACGCUUUGAGUGCGAUUAAUUGACCUCAAAAAUAUUAGAAAGACUCAAGGGAAAUAUACACUUUCUUGAUGUUGGUAUCUAGAUAAUGAAAGGACAGUCAACUUUUCC